AUGACAUCAAAGAAUGGAAAGUCAACAUCGACCACGACGACCACGAACACGACCAUGCCAGCCAACCCCAUGUCCACUGGCGACACCACUCUUAUACAUUCAGGCUACUUGAUGAAGAGAGCCAAGAAGACUUUUGCGGCAUUGUCCAAACAAUCGGCAUGGAAGAAACGUUGGUUUGUAUUGGACACUCAUGGUCUCUCAUAUUACAAGACUGAUAAGGAUGCCGCUGCAGCAAUGGUGCCACUUGGCCGCAUUGAGAUGGCACCGGUCGAAGCCAUCCUACAACCAAAGGCAUCGUCAUCAUCAUCUUCACAACAAUGGCUGCUGGACAUACAGACCAAAGACAAGGUCUAUCAUCUGGCCGCACACUCAGAGUAUGAGAUGGCACUAUGGAUCAACUUUCUCAACUCAUGUAUCAUCCAAGUGUCAGAGUCUUCAACUACUUCAUCAUCGCGCCAGUCUAGGGAUCGCGCUGCCACUACGGCUUCCGUUGUGACCACGACCACACAACAGCCGCCACCUGUGCCACAGGUGGUAGUUUCGCCUCCAUCCACAGGACACAAAUCAAUGCCAGUACCACCAACACCUAGAACUCAAUCAACUUCAUCGGUGACCACUCCAGCUUUACCAACUACAGCGCCACCCACAGCAUCAAACCUGGCAACAACAUCAUCCAAUCCUCAAUCAAUUCUUAAGAAGCAACAACAACCGACAUCCGCGCCAGUCAUUCCUCCAAACUCUGCACCGACACCAUCAACUUCAACAUUAACAACUACCAAUGUCAAUCCCAAGCGAUUCACAUCAGUCUUCUCAUCAUCUUCAUCAUCAUCAACAUCCACCAAUUCCAAGCCGCGAUCAGUGUCCAUCGCAGUAUCCAAGGAUGAUCCAAACUACCUUGACACAAACGGCAUCAAUGGUAGCAUCAAUGGCAACAACGUUGAGCCACAGCCUCAGCCAGAGUCAUACAGGAACACACUCACCAAGGCAGUGGUCACCUCGAUAAUCAACAAGAGGGCAUCAGCUGUCAUCAAUAUCAAUGAUAAGCAACAGCAACAACAGCAGAAUGGUGUUGCCAAUGGCGCGCCAAACACCCAACAGCAACAACAACAUAGUCGUCCAAUCAGCAUGUGUGGAGCAUCGAUUGCCGAUCGUAUAAAGAACAUUACAAAUGGCCACGUAACAUCAAUGGUAGCUGUCAGCAAGAAUAAGAUAUGGUGUGGCGAUAGCCAGGGCAACAUUGUCACGUGGUCUGUCAGCCAGAGCACGGAUCGCAUCAAGAAGGGCUCGCAGUGGAAACCUUACAAUGCACCAAUCACAUCAAUGGUGUACAACCCAUCGCGACGCACUAUAUACAGCUCAUCGAUGGAUGGCAAGAUCACCGCAUGGAACAAGACAGACUUCACCGUUAUCUUUGUGCACGCGUCGCCCGUGCCCAUCCACAACAUGAUAGAAGUGACGGACAACCUCCUUCUCUACUGCGGCCACAAUGAGACAGCAACAACACUUAGCAUCCUAGACGUCACAACACAUCGCUCCAAGGCCAUUGAUAUCAACAGCUAUCUAGAGUCAUUGGUGGAAGUAACACAUCACCAACAGAAGCUGAAGAGAUUCAAGGCCAUGCGAAAGUUUAGCAAGUUGAUCAAGGUGGACGAGCGUAUAUUGAUCGCCACGACGUAUGCCGAGGUGAUAGUAUGGUCACCUUGGGAGGGUGGCCAAGUAUGUCAUCUGAUUGAUGUUGACAAUCAUCAGAUAUCGGCCAUGGCAGUCAUUGGCAACACUCUUUGGAUAUGUUCCAUGCCCGAGAACACAUUCUUCUCGCCCAACCUUCCCAACACAAUCUCGCUCUGGAGUCUCGAGACAUUGAAGCUCAAGCGAAGGUUUGAGUGUACACAUCCUGUCACAUCGUUCAAUCUAUUCAAUGGCCAUGUCUGGGCAUUGCACAGGAACCAUGUGUCCGUCUAUGAAACCAAUACUGGACAAGUCGUUUUUGAAUGUAUAGAGCUGAACGAAGACAUGAACUCCACGUUGUUGUACAACAAUGGUUGUGCUUGGGUUGGCGGUAGUCACAUUUUCCGCUUCCGUCUCACAGAUCAGUGGAUGGCCAAGCGACUCACUCCACAAGACUAUGAUCCAGACUGCAGUGACUGGCAGAGCAUGCGUAUCCUUCUCAAGCGACUAUCUUAUCGCUUCAAAUAUCAUUACAAUGGACAGUUGUUGGACUUGUUGUUGGACAUUGGAGAGAAGAAUGAUUUGUUGGCAGACUUCCAACUGGAGAUUGUACAGUCCUUGAGAUAUUAUGGCAGGAAUGUCUCGCAUGUAUCCAGCAUGCUACUACUUCAAGACAUCAACAAGGUGAUCAGGAUGGCAAGACUCGUCCAGAGCUACAUCCAUCGCUCCAGCCCCAACACACUCUUGAUGCUCGAGUCCCUAAAGACAUUGUAUUAUCUUUGUAACAUUGAGAAAUUCUGUAUCUACAUAUCAUUGGAGAGCUUGGUCAGAUUAUCCAUGACCAACAAUUUGAAUGCAUCAGUAUUGAAAUAUACGAUGCUUGUUGUGGCCAAGCUCAUGUCUACACUCACUACUUUGCCCAACUCAUUGGUCAGUGGACAUUCGGGCGCAUCUUCAUUCAUCUCAGCAGCUGCAUCACCUGUGUUUGCCAACUCUUCAUCAUCGUCAACAUCAACAUCAUCAUCGGCAUCUGCAUCAUUGUCAGCAUCAUCAUCGUCCUCAUCACAACCAUAUAGGAUCAAGGACACGAUCAAACAUUAUGUCCGUAUAUUGGACAUUCAGUACUCGAUGGCCAACAUGGACAAUGGCGAGGUGAUCAAACACUCUGUGGUCUACUUCAUCAAGCGUAUCUACCAGCACAACGACUCAAAGCUCUGCAAGCAUAUACGAAAGGAGAAGAAUGUGGCGCCCAUGACCAGAUUGGCCAAGCUUUCGCCCGCCACCUACCAUUCACUAGAGGCCAAGCGCUUCCUGCAGACGCUGAUCAGGGACAGCGACAAGGUUGGCGAGAUCGUCUCCAAGUUGGGCGGACUAGACAUGGACGCACCAGUGGCCGACGAUGCAUCCGCCACGACAAUGUUGAUGUACCAACUGACUGAGCCACACAACAAAAAGCGGCCACAGAUUGAUGGCAUGGCCGUGGGCUCCAAGUCUGCCGCACAAGAGUUGGCGGCGGCCAACCAGCCCAUCACAUCGCUUAUCCACACGCUCAACUCGAUCUUGCACUCGGUGCAAAACACGGCGCUCAAGACAGUCAAGAUCACGAUCAAGGAGAUAUCGAUGCCUGAGGCCUUCCCCGACCAGUUCACCGAGCGCCAAAGCAUCAUCCAGCUGCAGGCCAUCUUCCCCAAGGACGCCUAUCAGGCUCAGUUUGCACUGGAGCUCGCACCAAAGGAUCUAAAGAUUCGACUGCUUAUUGAAGUCAAGGGUAUCUCGGGUGAGGCCACCAUUACCGACCCAUCGGUAAAGGGCAUACUAAUGCUUGGAUUCCAACCGGGCACGGCCAUACCACUGUGGAUAUCAUUCCUCGAGGAGCCCAAGAUUGACUUUAAGUGCAACACUACAGGCUUCUUCCUCAAGCCCAUUGACAUUGUCAUCAAGCCUGCCAUGCAAGUCAUAGUCAAGUCCAAGCUCGUCUAUCCAAAUAAACUAUACUUGCCUUCCUUUUAG